AUGACAGGGGGUUUCGCGCCCAAUGAAAUCUCGACGCACUCUUCAGCUUGCUCAGCCUGCUGCAGGAUCAAUUUUCGUGAUCCAGCCACCGCCUUUCCAUUUUGCUUAGCACCGCUCCACACGUGCUCAUUCAACCAGGUGAAUCGCGCCAUCGAGGACGUCACCAACGUCAUGAUAUCUGGGGCAGAGUCUAGGACCGGCAUUUUGGCCGUGUUCUUGACACUCCAGCUCAUCGUCUUCAUUCUUGAGAUCUUUGUUUUCACCCCAAGUAUCAGAACGCGAAGGUGGUACAUGCCGCUGCGGCAAUGGCUUGCUCCUCUCGGCGUUGCUCUGCUUGGAGUCGUUCUUAUACCCAUCGUGUUCACGGACGUCGAAUCGACCGGCGAAACCCUCCAUGGCAAGUGCGGUAUCGGUGUAGAUGCCGACGUUGCUGGUGAUGGUGUUCGCAUCGCAGCGUGGGUACAGGUCUGUGUUCUCAUCGCCAUAUCUCUACUGGGCACCUUUCACCCCAAUGCGACUGGGGCCAAGGAGAUGGGCGCUGGGCUUGUCUUGACGCACAUAUCCCUGGCUAUUGCUUUGCUUGUUCAGGUAAAGCAAAAGACACUGACACUGGCUGAUGCUGCCGUCGGCGCCAUGAUUCUUGACGCUCAGAACAUCGCCCUAUCAAUUCCACUCGCCGCAAAAGAGUCCUUGGCCGCCCGAUGGCAGGUUCGGGUCAUGGCCUUGAUCCAACUAUUUGGACUCAUAACCCUUCUUUACAUUGUCAGGCAACUAUUCCAGGGUUCAUUUUCCACCAAGGAAUGCCCCUGCUUGACAGUGUUCUGGUGGGCAUGGCUCAGCAAUUGCCAGCCACCUCAGAAGGAACAGGCUCUAUUUUGGGUUUACUGCAGUCUUCGGUGCUUGAUGUUCGCCCAGACGUCUUUUCACUCUCUCUACAACACACAAGAAUUCCACCAAGCUGAGCCAAAAUGCGGCGAAGAAGGAACCGAGAUUCAACAGAAGGGUGGCGUGUUGGUUUCCAUCACCUAUCCCAACGACAGCAUCGAUGGACUGCCCGCCUCCUAUAGCGAGUACCCUGCUACUACGUCUUACAUGUACGCCCUGCACGGCGUGCUCGCUCUCACUUCCCUGAGUGCAGCCCAGAUCGUUAUUCGAGACUCGAAUCUGCGACCAUCAUCGGCCAUCAACUCUGUCGGCCAGAUCAUAGCCCUCGUCGUCGCCGCUGCUACUGCUUUGCGGGCAGCUUGGCUUUUUCUGAUGCUCUUCAUCAGUGAUUGGACGUCAGGAAAAGUAUCUGGUAUCAUGUGGCCUUUUCGACUAUACAACCUCACCCAGGCGUCUGGCUGGCAGGGCUACACCCUUCUCCAAACAUCCCACCACGACCCCAACGUGAUCAAGCUUGGUAGCAUUAUCAACGACCCCAAAGAUCCAUUUAGUCCACUCGAUGACCCUGUAACGACAGAGCCGGCCGUUCACACUCGCAUUGAGGAUGUCAAACAAGUAACCACCACCCGCUCUCGGGGGCCUAAGCGGAUUUUCAAUCAUAUCCCGGCUUUUCGCGACGUCACGGCUGAAGAUUUGAAGAGGGUGACAGCAGAUUCCAUGGAAACAGUCAGGUUUACGCCGAGCCCGGAUUAUAUCGAGGAGAGCAUGAAAAAGCCUGGCGUUGAAGCGUACCUUGAGUCCAUGCGAGGGCCUGCCAACAGAGUUUUCAUGGUGACGGGAGUGAUGAACGCGGAAAGCUUUACGCUUUCCACUUGCAGUUCAACUUCUGCGUCUACGUCUGCUCCAGCACUAGUUACUGGGAUCCCUCUUCACAUGGGCGCUGACGCUCAUAUGAGUAGGAGUAAAGAAAUGUCGACAACAUACCAUGGACUUGUACCUGUUGCGUAUCGGUUGGAGGCCAUCACGGUGGGUAAGGAUGGAUAUGUCUUUAAAGCUCAAAGAUACGGAGGGGAUAACUGCAUGGACACGAUAUUCUAA